AUGGCCGAAGACGAAGAGAGAUCGCCACUGCUGGCGCCCAAGGGCAAAGGAAGGGCGGAAGACGAUUCUUUGCUGUCCGAGUCGGCGCCUCUGCUUUCCAGCUCGACUGCGACUCCCCGAUACGAUGGCGAGCAGGACAACCCCGAAACGUCUCGCGCGCCAUCCCUGGCCUCGAACCCCCCAAAGAAAAAGAGCUCUAUACGAUGGGCGUCUCUUAUUUCGAUAUCCGUGUUGAUUGUAUUGGUCAUCGGCAUCAUGGCUGGCUGCUUUUUUGUGCCUUCGGCUGUUCAAGAGUACGCCAAGCAGGCUGCAGUCGUGGAGCCGACGAAUCUUGCCCUCGAGUCCAUCACUGCCAACGGCGUGCGAGCACGUGUCCAGGCGAAUUUCAGACUCGACGGCUCGCGGGUGCAAGAUACAACAUCCCGAAGGAUCGGAAAGUUCACGACGUGGAUUGUGAGGCAGCUGGGGACGGAGAAGACCAAGGUCGGCGUCUAUUUGCCGGAAUACGACGGCGCAUUGCUUGGCACCGCCGUGGUGCCGCCACUCACCAUCAGUAUUGUCAAUGGCCAGACCACUGCUAUUGACUUCGUCGCUGAAUUGUCGCCUGGCGACGCCGAAGCUUAUCGAAAGAUUGCCAACGAGUGGCUGGACGGAAAACUCGAUCAGCUCAGAGUGCUUGGAAAAGCCGACAUCCCACUCAAGUCCGGAAUCUUCCCGCUUGGCACCCACCCAGUCAGCGAAGUUUUGGUUUUUGAAGGUCAAUCACUCUACCGCUCCUUCGCUUCCUUGUAUUUUGGAGAGAAAGCACUGCUUUGA